CUGGGGCUGACGCGGACCUUUCGGGCUCUGUAGAUUCUACAUCGUGCUUGUCGGACGUCGCGGGGAUGCGCUGUUCUGCGGUUCUCAAACAUCGUACGACGAGCCUGGCCGCUGGUGCUCUCGGUCUCGUUCUCGGUCUCUCUCCCUUGCCUUCGAUUCGCCUUGUCUUGUUUGUUCUCUUCGUUAUGUUGGUCCUGCGGUCUUACGCGAUUCUCUUGGCUUCCUGGACUCAAGUAUGCGACUCAUCGUGGCGACUCCCCGCUUGGCACCUUGCCGAAGCCCUUGCUCUGCACGCUGUCAACACUGCGCUAGGCUACUCCAUGUGCGUCAACAUCUCCCGGUCGGCCGUCAAGUAGGUUACGUGAUGUGCUUCGUUGUGAUGACCUCUAUGGGAUGUGCUCGAGUGCUGCACUUCAUGGCAGCUCUGCUAGCUUCGGGACGUGGAGCAUGAUAACAAGUACUCCGAUCCUGACGAAUGAAUGUAUCGCCUUUCUACUACACAGUGCGUGGCAAGUAUCCGCUUUCCGUGCAUCAGUACUGCAUGCAGCCACAUAGA